UUUAGCUAUUUCCAAUAUAUACAAUUUUUAUCGAUUAGUUUACAGAUAUAUAUUGGAGUUUUCAUUAUUGAAUUGCCCAAAUACAUAUUAUCCGAUUAUUGAAUGCCAUUUUGGAUUGAUACCGAAGUCCAAAUUUUAGUCACCAUGAUAUUAGAAAUAUAUCGAGAAGAAUGUCAUACUGUGUGAAUUAUUCAUGAACGAAUAACCGGUUGAUAAAGACUUUCAGACACUUUUUAUUGAUGGAUUAAAUAUACCGCCAUGUUGGCCAAUGGUUUUAAAACAGUGUACAUCCAGUGAAAAUCUCAUUAUAUCAGAAAAGAAUUAUUACCUAAAAGCUUUUAAUUCUCACAAAUUAUCAAGAGUUUAUGUUGGAGAUAAAAAUCAUUCAUAUCAUCUGUCAAUACAUGUACAACAGAAGUUCCCAAUUAAUAAAACAAUUCAACUUAGUUGUGUAGAAAUUGAAACAUCGGAUGGAUCUGAUUGUGCGCCACUUGUUUGCGAGCAUAUACAGGAUGCAUCAUGGUCAGUUGUGAUAUUCGUUUUAAUUCUACGCUGUUUAGUUAGCUCAGCUCAUGCACCAAUUUCAAAUCUACUAGAUUCAGUAACAUUUUCAAUACUUGGAUCAGGAAAGGCACAUUUCUACGGUAGAUCAAGAGCACUAGGAUCAUUUGGUUUUAUGAUUGGUUCUCUAUUAACUGGUUUUGCAGUAUAUCAGUAUACAUCAAUAAAUUAUCAUCAUACAAUAAAUGAAACAAAUCUGAAUCUUUUAUACUAUACUAAUAAUUCAUUAAAUAUCAACUCAGUGAAUCCGAAUUAUAUACCAGCAAUUAUAAUCGCUUCAUUAUCAGUUGGCAUUGGUACAAUUGCAUCAAUAUUUUGUAACUAUGAUAAUACAAAAUCUGUAGAAACACAUUUUACAAAAGCAUUAACCACAGCAAUACGUUCACCAACAAUGAUUCAAUGUUUAGUGGUUGCAUUUAUGACUGGUUUGAUUAUAUCAUUUGUUGCUGAAUAUAAUUAUCUUAUUCUCACCACGAUCUAUCAUGUACCACAUUAUUUCCUAGGUUUAUUAACAACUAUAGCUAUUAUUGUAGAAAUACCAACAUUAUUAUUUAUUUCAGGUAUCACUGUAAAACGCUUUGGUGUGAUUGCAUGUCAAGUAAUUUCACAAAUCAUGUUAACUAUACAUUUCAUAUUUUAUACUUAUUCAACAAAUUAUUGGUAUCUCUUAAUUGGUGAAAUUGCUUACGGUAUAUCUUAUCCAAUCUUAAUGAAUGCUUUAUUAUUACAAACGGAAAAAGUUAGUUUUGAAAAAAUAAAUGAGAAUUAUCAAAUUUUAGCUAGUUUACAAGCUAUACUAACAAGUACUAUGUAUGGUUUAAGUAGUAGUUUAGGUGGAUUAAUAUGGGGUUUAUUAUUACAAUAUUUUAAAGCACGUACAUUAUUUUUUAUAGCAUUUAUUUACACUUCAAUUUGUGCAUUAUUUUUUCCAUUUGUUGCAUAUUAUUUAAACAAAUUAAAAUGUUAAAUAUUUUAAGUGUACUUAGAUUUUUUUUCUAGCUCACACUAAUUAAACCUAUUGUGAUUAUAAUUUAUUCAUAAUAAAUAUUAUCAAAUUCAAUGCAAAAUAAACUGUUCUGUAGAGAUCUAUUAUAAAAAUAUAAAUUGGGGUGUUCAGAAAGUGAAAAAAAAAAUUUUGUUUUCUAAACUACAUAUAUUUAUCAUUAGAUGAUUCUAUGUAGAAGAAAAAUUGAUGAAAUAUUUUUCUUUUUGUCAAUAAUUCCUUUUAAUGGACUUUUAAUAAAUAAAUGCGUUUCAUCUGAUCUUUUCAUACAAUUUCCUAAAGAGAAUUUCUACUUAAUUACAACAUGUACAAAUAUUUAAAUUAUGUGAAAUAGACCAAGUAUGAUUGUUUUUUUUUCUUUGAAUUAGGCGCAUUGUUUCUUUAGUAAUAAGAAAAAUGCAUGAACUGAGAUGGUUAAGGUUUUUUAUUAUUAUUAUUAUUAUUAUUAUUAUUAUCAUCCAACAUGCCUCAUUAUACUUCACCAGAUAAACUAAAAAGCAAAACAAAUUUCAAGCGUGUAAAAUAGGGGAUUCUAUCAAAUAUAAUAGUAGCAAAUGUAAAGUACACACUAGGAAUUCCUAGAUCUGUCUAAAAUGUUCAUAAGUCACAAAAGGAUCAGCACUCAAAUAAAUCAGAACACAUACAUAACUUCGUGCAUCCCACUGGGAUGAGAAAACUUCGAGGAACAACAUCGCUUCGCAUUAAACUUUGAAUAGAGAGAGCAACAUGUUUAGAAGUAUGUAUUUGUGAAGAUGAAGUUAUAACUUGAAAUGACUAGCAGACGAUACCUAAUUAAUUCAAUUUACUACACGUAAACCUAAGUAAAACUGAAACAUUUAAAUUAAAUUGACUGUCCGUAAAAGUUAGUUAAUAAUCAAGCAUCAAGGCUUUCAGUGACCUUCAUGGAAAUUAAUAAACACAACAAAACCCUGACGGGUAAUUUAUCGUAUCGUCAAACAGUUUCAUUACUCAUCAAGCCAGAGAUAUGGCUGCUAUGCAUAAGAUAUAAAGUUUCCACAUAGUGUCGUCAUAAAUCUAAUCAUGGAAACUGAUAAUCAGUCAAUACUGAACUCCGUUGAGCUUAUCAGUGAGACAUAAACAAAUACAAAUUACUGCCUCGCUCUCGCUCUCUCUUCGUGAUCCAAUCCCAU